UCUGCCCAAGAGAGGUCCUUGCUGGAAGGCAGCAUGUCCAAUUUUACCUUGAGGAAAACAUCACCCACAGGAAAUGAUAUGAAGAGCACCACUCAGGGGACCACACUGAGACAACAGGGUUUUCAUGAUGAGAACAAAAGAAGGAUUUUCUUACAGGAUAACAGCUGGAUAAAGAAACGUCCCGAAGAAGAAAAAGAUGAAAAUUAUGGCAGGGUGGUACUUAACCGACAUAACUCCCACGAUGCCUUGGACAGGAAAAUAAGUGAGAGAGAUGAGCCAAAAGCCAGCAUUAGUCGGUACAGAUCUGAUGACACUUUGGACAGGAUCUCAGACAGAAAUGAUGCUGCUAAAACAGAUAAGGCCAAUACCUUGGAUAACCGACUAACCAAUAGACAGUCCUGGUUCCCACCGCCCCCUCCAGGUUAUAUUGCCACCCCAAGCACAGGAGCCAGCAGAAGGGAACAAGCCUUUCACCCUCCAAUACCUCCAAAACCCAGGUCUCCUGUUUCUUCUCCUAACCAGCUGAGCCGCGAUAAUAGGCAGUUAUCUCCACCUAAACCGGAUGUAUAUACAGAAAUCAGCAGAUCUGCUGAAAGAAACAUAAGGCGUCAGAAUCUCGAUAACAUCGUCAAAGUGGCCACUUCCCUUCAGAGAGGCGACAAGGGUGAAGAAAUGGAUAAUCUCAUCAAAAUGAACAAAAGCUUGAAUAGACAUCAAGGUCUUGAUGGUCUCUUCAGGACAAAUCCAAAGGCAGAGCAAACGGAGAAAAGAGCCAAAAGCCUUGAAAGUCUCAUCUAUGUGAAUGCCCGGACAGACAAAGAUGGCAAAAGAAACCAAGGCCUUGGAAGUCUCAUUAAAGUUAAUGAAAGGACUGACACAAAUGAGAAAGGAAGCCAAGAUCUCGAAUCUAUUAUCAAAAUGAAUGCCAGGACAGAGAAAACCAGCAGAGGAGGUGAAGACCUUGACAAUGUUAUCAAAGUGAAUCCCAAAGGAAAUGGAAAUAUUACAGGAAAACAAGACUUUGAUGGGCUUAUUAAAGUGAAUCCUGAAACAAAUAAGAAUAUAAAGAGGGGCCAGAGCCUUGAGAAUCUCAUCAAAGUGACCCCCGAAGUUAACAGAAGUAACCAAGGUUCCAAAGACCUUAAUAACUUCAUCAAAGUGAAUCCAAGAACAGGAAGAAGUGUACAAGGGAACCAAAGUCUUGACAGCCUCAUCAAAGUGACUCCUGAAACUAAUAGAACUAACCAAGGGAACCAAAACCUGGACAACCUUAUCAAAGCGAUUCCCUCAGCAAACAAAAGCAGUGAAAAAGGUCUUGAUGAACUAAUCAGUGUAAGCCCCAAAGCUGUCAUAAACAACGCUGGAAAGCAAGAUCUUGAUAAGCUCAUCAAAGUGAAACCUGACAUUUUCGAAAACAACCGAAGAAACCAGGAUCUCGAUAAUCUCAUCAAAGUGAAUCCUGCAGUAAUCAGAAGCAAUCACAGCCAAGACUUGGACAAUCUUAUUAAAGUGAAACCUUCAGCUCUCAGAAAUAUUAAUCGAGAUCAGGACCUGGAUAAUUUAAUUGAAGUAAAUUCUCAUGUGUCUGAAAAUAAGAAUGGAAGCUCCAAUGUUGGAACCAGGCAUUCAGGAUCAAAGGAUACUGUUGUGUACACAAGGACAUAUGUGGAGAAUAGUAAAUCACCAAAGGAUGGAUAUCAGGAGAAUAUCUCUGGAAAAUAUAUACAGACUGUUUAUUCAACUUCAGAUAGGUCUGUCAUUGAAAGAGACAUGUGCACUUACUGCCGAAAACCCUUGGGUGUAGAAACUAAAAUGAUUUUAGAUGAAUUACAAAUUUGCUGCCAUUCCACUUGCUUUAAGUGUGAAAUAUGCAAACGGCCUUUGGAAAAUCUACAAGCAGGUGAUAGUAUUUGGAUUUAUAAACAGACAAUACAUUGUGAACCUUGCUACUCUAAAGUUAUGGUUAGCAGUCUUAUCAUGAUCCAAUUUUAUAUCAUGGGUCUUGAUGUGCAUGUUGGUAGCUCUAAAACUUCCAGUCUCCUAGAAGUCUAUGAUGCGGCUUAA